AUGAAGUCUAAAUAGGUGAUACCCAAAGGGAAGCAUGCUUUCGAUUGCAAUGGGUAGACAUUCAUAGUUGAUGACAAAUACCAAUUCAUAAAGCAGAUUGGACAUGGAGCAUAUGGAGUGGUGUGUUCAGCUUUAAAUAAGAAGAGUCAGCAAUUAGUGGCAAUCAAGAAAAUAACAGAUGCAUUUUCUGAUCUGAUUGAUGCUAAGAGAAUAGUGCGUGAAAUUAAACUACUAAAGUUCUUUGAUCAUGAGAAUAUCGUUUCAUUGCUUGAUUUACAAAGACCAGAACAUCCACAAAAUUACAAAGACAUUUACAUCAUUACUGAUCUGAUGGAAACAGAUUUGCAUAGAGUAAUAUAUUCUAAACAAGAAUUAACAGACGAGCACAUUCAAUAUUUUCUGUAUCAAGCCUUAAGAGGAUUAUUGUACAUACACUCGGCCAACAUCAUCCACAGAGAUCUCAAACCAAGCAAUCUGCUAUUGAACAAGAAUUGCGAUUUGAAAAUCUGUGAUUUUGGAUUGGCUCGUGGUUAUGAGGAUGAAAGUGAAUUUAAAACUGAAUAUGUAGUUACUCGAUGGUAUAGAGCACCAGAAGUCAUCUUGAAUGCUUCUGAAUACAACAAAUCAGUGGAUAUCUAUGCCUUGGGGUGCAUAAUGGCAGAACUAUUAGGAAGACAACCACUCUUUCCUGGCGAGGACUAUCUCGAUUAAGUGCAAAGAAUCAUACAAGUAUUGGGCACUCCUACCAAUGAAGAUGUUCGAUUCAUUGGAAAUAAGAAUGCACUCACCUAUUUGAAGAGUUUGCCCAAGAAACCUAAACAACAAUGGAAGAACUUGUAUCCUCAUGCUUAGCCAUUGGCCUUGGAUCUGUUGGAUAAGAUGGUCACUUUCAAUCCAGACAAGCGAUUGACAGUUUAGGAGUGUUUGGCACAUCCUUAUUUUGAGGGUCUACACAAUCCAGAGGAAGAACCUAUUUGUGAAUGCACGUUUGAUUGGGGAUGGGACAGCUUCAAACCUACCGAAGCUAUACUAAAGUAAAUGGUAUAUGAGGAAUCAUUGUCAUUUCAUCCACUUAAGUGAUUUAUUUAAUUAAUAUAA